AUGUGUGUCGCAGAGUUCUUUCCCGACGACAGCUGGGAAAUCGUCGAUCUUCCGUCGAGCGAACCUCCCCAGCCUCCCCCCGAAGUUCCCAGCGCCGACCCGCCAGAUCCGCCCCCCGCGGACUCCCCUCCGCCCCCCCCGGGCUACCCGGACGACUCGUUCCCCUUUCCGACGUACCCCGCGCCGUCGCCCAGCGACGGCGACGACAGCCCCUCGCCCGCGCCCGCGCCCGCGUCGCUUCCCAGCCCGCCCGCGGCUCCCGCGCCGGCGGUCACGGGCGGCAUCGGCGAAGUCGCGUCCGUGUGGUGCCCGCGUUUGCCGCGCCUACCCGCCGACUACAUCGAUAACCCGCUCGAGGAGUUUAAAGCCCUCGACGAGGCUAUGGCGAAGCUCUACGCGCCGCGCCCAGACGGGCAGUCCAUCACUAUAUGGGUAUCGGGACAAAGCUCCCCUGUGACUAUAUCGAGUAUGCCGCCCACAUCCGAGCUACUAGGGCUUGAGACGACGAUGCCGCAAAUUGAGGGGGUGGGGGAGCCAUCAAACCCACAUUUGGACCCGUUUUUCACCUCCUCCCUCCCGCCCUUCCCUGCGGUUCCCUUAGACUCUUCGCCGCCGCUUGCUGCUGCUCCUCCCCUUCCGCCUCCGCAUUCAUUCCCCCCGCCUCCUCCCCCUGACACCUCCUCUCCAGCUUCCGAGUUUCCCCCACCUCUCCCUCCCCCGAACGUCCUUCUCGCCUCUCCUCCGCCUAACCCUCCGCCCUUUCCCCCGCAGUCACCACCUCCCCCGGAUCCACCCUCCCCUGGUGGGGGGAAUGUGAGUCAACCCAGCGGCCCAGGCAGCAGCUUCCCCCUGUGUAACCCGUCACCCAUCCGAUGUGUGUUCAGGUUCGUUGGGUAUGAAGACAUUGUGCCAACGCUGGACAUUACCAGUGCUUUGGCGGAGGAGGUGAUCAGUCCCGCGCUGGUGGUGUUACGCGGUAACCAGACUCGCCGCGUGGUGGCGGCGAACAGUGGCGAGGGGAGGUCCAUUUGCGUUCAUGUGCCUGAUGAGGUUUACCAUGCGACAAGGAGUCAGUUCUACGCCAAUGGAGAGCCGGAAGAGAUCGACGAAAUGGCCGACGCACAGGGCGCGUUCGUCACGCGAGCAUUCGAGAAGCUUCUGCGAGAAUCCACGGGACGGAAGUUCCAGAAGCUACACCAGGCGCUUAAAGCUUAUCUAGAUCGACCAAAAGGGGAGCAUUUGGUUCUGGUCACAUCAGCAUCACGGGUUGAUCCUCGCUAUGGGUUGCCUCAGACAGACGAACCAGGAGCGGCGGAGAUCGUGCCGCAGCCACAGCAGCCAGCGGGGACGAUUCUGCUGGAGCCCGCGGGCAGCGGGGAGGGCAGCGGGCGCGCGCACCCGAACACGGCGAACGCGGCGAAUGUGACGGCGGCGGCGGCGAUGGCGGAGGCGGGGCAUUCGCUGGAAGGCGUGGAGGCGGAGCUUAUCCUGUGCCCGCUGCGGCUGGCCAUAGAGAGCAAGCAGAGCCGCCUCAUGGAGACGGCGCUUGACUGCCUGCACAAACUGAUAUCGUACGGUCACUUGGAGGGCGACUGCGGGCUGGAGGGCGGGAAGAACAACAAAGUGCACACGGAGAUCUUCCAGCUCGUGUGCUCCUGCGCCGACAACACGGCACUUGACAGUGUGGUGCUGCAGGUCAUCAAAGUCAUCCUCACUGCCAUCGCCUCAUCCACUUUCCAAGUGCAUGGGGACUGCUUAAUUCUUGCCCUGCGCACAUGCUACAACAUAGUGCUCACCAGCAAGAGCCAGGUGAACCUGUCAACGGCCAGGGGCACACUCACUCAGAUGCUCAACAUCGUCUUCAAACGCAUGGAGGCAUCAGAACUAGCCCCUCUCCAAGCUUAUCCAUCUCCUGCUUCCACCCUCUCACGCACAUUUCUUUCACCUCCCCAUCCUGCCGCCCUACCCAUGCGACCAUGCCCCCCCCAUCCCCCCCCUUCACGCCCGCUGUCCCACCCACUUAUGUGCAGAGCACUCCUCAGCGCCCGCACGCCUAUCGGACACAAACAAGUUAGCUUGAAAAUCCUCCCCAUCUCAUUUCCUACAUCCCCCCACAUCCCGCACUACCUGGCCCCCGCACAUGUGCAGAGCGCCCCUCAACGCCCGCACGCCUACCCCACCCCCACCAAGCCCUCCGAAGGGGGGCCUUCCGAGGACCAACCUGCUUCUGCUGCUGCUGCUGGUCCUGUUUCUGGCGGUGAUGGUGGUGCUUCUGCUGCUGCUGCAGUGGAGGGAAUAGAAGGGAAGGAGGGAGGCGGGGAGGGAGAGGAGGAGGGGGAGGUUGAGGGCAACGGGGAGAGGGAUGAGAGAGCGGGAGUACAGGAGGAGCUAAAAGUCCUGGAGGGGCCACAGCCCAGUAUAGAGGCGUUAGAUGCUGUGCUAAGUAAAGCACUUAGGCCGCAGGGAGGGGGGCCAGGGGGGAAUGCUGCUGUGGGUGAGGGUGGUGAAGGGGAGGGAGGUGCUGGGUCAGCAGGGGAAGGGAGUGGAGAGGAGGGAGCUGGGGCCACCCCUGCUGCUCCAAAGGGCAUCGAUCUGAGUCUGCUGGCUCUGGCGCAGCGAGACGCGCUACUGGUGUUCCGCACGCUGUGCAAGAUGGCCAUGAAGGACGGCACCGAGGACCUCGUGCUGCGCACCAAGGCUCUCUCCCUUCAGUUGCUGCAGGGUCUGCUGGACUCAGUGAGUCGCGAGUUCACGCUCAACUUCGCCUUCCUCGACUCCAUCAAAAUGUACCUCUGCUACGCGCUCGUGCGUGCCGCCGUCUCCCCCUCCGACCGCAUCCACGGCCUGGCCUGCUCCAUCUUCGCCACGCUCAUCCAGCGCUUCCGCGAGUCCCUUAAAGCCGAGAUCGGGCUCUUCUUCCCCCUCGUCGUCCUCCGGUCUCUAGACUCCCCGGAUAUCUCCCCCACGCAGCGCCUGGGGCUGCUGAGAGUGCUCGAGCGGCUCACAGCCGAACCACAGCUGCUAGCGGAUGUUUUCGUGAACUACGACUGUGAUUUGGACGCGUCGAAUCUGUUUGAGCGCAUGGUGACGUCUCUGGAGCGGCUGGCUCAGAUGCCUGUGGUGGGGAUUGCAGGCGGGGGCGCAGGGGCAGGGGGAGCGGGUGCGGGAGGGGAGGGUGGGGCGGCGUUGGUAGCGGCGAUGAAGCUGGCAGCGUUGCAGUGCUUGGUGAACGUGGUACAUGCGUUGGAUACGUGGUAUGGGAAGGAUAAGCCGCCUGUUCCGGUGGGUGCGGCGGGUGGGGAGAAGGAGGAGGAAGGGGACGAGUGGAAGGCGGAUGGGUUGGGAGCGGUGGAGGAGGAGGAGGAGGAUGAGGAGGAGGAGGAGGAGGAGGAGGAGGAGGAGGAGGAGAGGGAGGGGCGGGUGGCCAAAUGGGCGGCAGCUGAGUCACAGGCGGAUCAGUUUGGGCGGGCCAAAGCGCAGAAGGCAGCUUUCGAAACUGCUGUGGAAAAGUUCAACAUGAAGCCGGAGAAGGGGCUUGCCUUCCUGCGGACGAGAGGGCUGCUGGCUGCCGACGCUGCUGCCACGGCUGAGUUCCUGCGCUCCACCCCUGGGCUCGAUAAGACGGCCAUAGGGGACUACCUGGGCCAUCACGACGACUACCACCUGGCAGUGAUGCACGCGUACGUGGACGGCAUUCCCUUCCACAGCACCUCCUUCGACCACGCCAUCCGCACCUUCCUCAAGGGCUUCCGCCUGCCAGGCGAGGCGCAGAAGAUCGAUCGCAUCAUGGAGAAGUUUGCCGAGAAAUACUGCAAGGACAACCCGGGGGUAUUCAAGACAGCAGACAGUGCCUACGUGCUGGCGUACGCAGUGAUCAUGCUCAACACAGACGCACACAACCCCGUGGUCACGGCCAAGAUGACCAAAGCCGACUUCGUACGAAUCAACUCGUCCCUCGAGGGCGAAGAGAGCGCACCCAAGGAGCUCCUAGAGGCCAUUUAUGACUCAAUAGUCUCCGAGGAGAUUAAACUGCGCGAUGAUGGCGGUCCGGGGGGUGCCGGGGGGGGUGGGGGAGCGGGCGGAGCGGGCGGGAAGGAGAAAGGGCAGCUGGUAACGGUGCUGAAUCUGGCCUCAGGGCAUAAACGCAGCACGGUGGAUGUACGGAAGGAGAGUGACGAUAUAAUCAAGCGCACACAGGCGAUUGUGAGGAGAGGGCGCGUGCAGCGCGGGGUGUUCCACUCCGCUGCCCAUGCUGACCUCGCUCGGCCCAUGCUGGAGGCGGUGGGAUGGCCGCUGGUAGCCACGUUUGCUGUGACCAUGGAGGAAGGUCCGUCGGGAGAGAGUGCUGCUGCAGUGGCCGCUCUAGCGGCAGGGGGUGCAGGGGGUGGGGGGCCGAAGAGCCUGGUGGUUGUCUGCAUGGACGGGCUCCGCUGUGCGAUUCACCUGGCGUUUCUCCUGGGCAUGGAGACUCUCCGCUACGCCCUCCUGACCUCGCUCGUCCGCUUCACCUUCCUGCACGCGCCGAGGGAACUCCGGGUGAAGAACCUAGAGGCGAUCCGCACGCUGCUGGCGAUAGCAGAGCAGGAGCCAGAGGCACUGCAGGACACGUGGAAUGCUGUGCUGGAGUGCGUGUCCAGGCUGGAGCACGUUGCCACGUCACCUGCCAUGCUGGCGGUGCUGGGCGCGCCGCCCGCGCCGGUGGCCGUGAGGGAGGCGCUGCUGGGAGGGGUGGAGGAGCUGGCGGGGAAGCCUCUGGAGCAGGUCUUUGUGGUGAGCUCUCACCUCCCCUCAGACGCCGUGGUGGAGUUCUUCAUCGCCCUCUGCGGUGUGUCCGCUGAGGAGCUCCGCCAGUCGCCCCCGCGGGUGUACUCCCUGCAGAAGAUCGUGGAGAUCUCAUACUACAACAUGACUCGCAUCCGCAUGGUGUGGGCGCGCAUUUGGUCGGUUUUGGCAGUGCAUUUCAUCACGGCGGGGCAGAAUCCCGACGAGCACGUCGCCAUGUACGCCGUCGACUCCAUCCGCCAGCUGGCGCUCAAGUAUCUGGAGCGCGCUGAGCUGGCGCGCUUCACGUUCCAGAACGACAUCCUGAAGCCGUUUGUGGUGCUCAUGCGCACGAGCCGCAGCGAGAAGACGAGAGAGCUCAUUGUUCAGUGUGUUGUGCAGAUGAUAAAGGUAAAGGUGGGUGGCAUCAAGAGCGGGUGGCGCAGUGUGUUCAUGGUGCUCACUACUGCGGCCACGGACAGCCACGAGCCCAUUGUGGAGAGCGCGUUUGAGACCGUGGAGCAGGUGGUGCUCGAGCAUUUCGAGCAGGUGAUAGGCGAUUGCUUCAUGGACUGCGUCAACUGCCUCAUGGCCUUCGCCAACAACGUCCUCGUCCCCCGCAUCUCUCUCAAAGCCAUUGCACUCCUCCGUAUCUGCGAGGACCGUUUAGCCGAGGGCCGCGUCCCAGGAGGCGCCCUGCGCCCCGUGAACGAAGGCGAGAAGAUGAGCGACAACGAGGUGGCAGAGUAUUACUGGUUCCCGAUGCUCGCCGGGUUAUCCGAGCUGACUUCCGACCCUCGCCCGGAGGUUCGGAGCUGCGGCGUGGAGGUUCUGUUCGAUCUGCUUCGGGAGAGGGGGCAUAAGUUUUCGACGCGGUUCUGGGAGAGUGUGUUUGAGCGGGUUCUGUUCCCCAUAUUUGACUAUGUGCGGCAUGCUGGCACGGAUGGGGAGAGGCCGCCGCCGACGGAUCUCUGGCUGAGAGACACGUCCAUUCACUGCCUGCACCUGCUCUGCGACCUCUUCUGUGACUUCUAUAAGGACGUGGCCUUCAUCCUGCCAUCCCUGCUUGGUCUGCUCCUGGACUGUGCCACGCGCCCCGACCAGUCACUGGCGGCCAUAGCGUUGCUGGCGGCCAUAGCAGUGGGCGCACAACUAAGGCUCAUCGACAGGGGAGCGCCACUCUUCUCCUCAAGAGACUGGGCCGUGCUGCUGGAUAGCCUCAGGUGGGUUCUGGGUUGGCCGGCCAGUGAAUGCACCGUGGGGAGCUUGCGGGCAUGGGAGUGCAGCCAGUCACUGGCGGCCAUAGCGGGGGGCGCACGCACAGCUGAGGCUCAUCAACCGGGGGGGGCACUCUUCUCUUCAGGGGACUGGGCCGUGCUGCUGGACAGCCUCAGAGUUGCUACGCUAACCACUCGCCCCACCGAGCUCCUUGCAAUCACCGAAACCUAUCUCUCUGCUUCUGCCUCCUCCAUACCCGAACAAGUGACCGAAGUGGAUGUGACUGUAACGGAGGGAGGAGAGGGUAACGGGUUGGUGGAUAGGAGUGGGGCGGAGGAGGAGGAGGAGGCGAGUGGUGGGGAGGGGAAGGGCGAGGAAGAAGGGAAGGUGGAAGGGGAGGGGUUGGCGAAUGGGGAGGGGACUGCCAUCAAGCCUUCAGGGCGACAACUUCGGCAAGCGACUGAUGGACACGCUGCUGAUGCGCAAUCUCUCCAUGGCGCUGGGGGCACCAUGCCUGCUGCUGCUAGCCCACUUUCUUUCGCUCCUACCCCUGUCACUCUCUCCCGUCCCUCUCCCUCUCUUUCUCGUCUUUCCCUCGCUCUCACCCCGUCCUCUCCCCCCUCCUACCCACCUCCAGCAUCAGCGGAGGGCGACAACUUUGGCAAGCGACUGAUGGACACGCUGCUGCUGCGCAACCUCUCCAUGGCGCUGGGAGGCGCCCCCACGCCCGCUGCUAGCGGGGUUGGCAGCAUCUGGUCACGCGCCUCUAAUGCCAGCGAUGCUGCCCUGGCCUCCGCUGUGGAAUCCGAGGAGCAAGGCGAGGGGGCCAAGGAGGAGGAGGAGGAGGAAGAGGAGGACGAGGAGGCAUCGGCAUUCCACGUGGCAGACCCUGUGCGGGUCAAGUGCUACACGCAGUUGCUGCUGCUGGGAGCGCUUAAUCAGCUACAGGAGAAGCACUGGCAGCGCCUGCGGGCGGCGCACCGGCGGCAGCUGCUGGACUGUAUCGCCACCAGCAUUGACUUUGCCGCCCGCUUCAACUCAGACACGCACCUGCGCAUGCGCAUCCAAAUGCUGCCGCCCGAACGCCCGCCCCCAUCCCUGCUGCGCCAGGAGGUGACGGCAACGCAGCUCUACCUGAUUGUUCUCCUGCGCUGCCUCAACGACCCGGCAGCAGCGCUGCUCCCACCAGCCCUCUCCUCCCAGAUGCUCCUGCAGUCGGGGGCGGCUCAUGGGGACGGCGCAGGGGAGGGGGAGGAGCAUGUGCAUGGGAAGCCAACCCCUGGAGCAGCAACACAAGGGGGGGGAUCAGCAGCAGGUGCAGGGGUGGGAGCAAACGGGGGAGCUGCGGCUAAGGGGGGAGCAGCAGGGGGUGGGGGAGAGGGAGAGGGGGGCGAGGAGGAGGAGGAGGAGAGGAGGCGGUUGGGGGAGGAGGCAGAGGAGCAGUUGCUGCGGGUGUGUGGGAGGGUGCUGGAGAUGUCAUCUCGCUUGCAGCCCAACACAGGGCAGGCCGUAGAGGCCGAGGUGCAUCGCCUGCUGGCUCUGCGUGCUCCUGUUGUUGCCAGAGUGCUGUCGGCGCUGAGUCAGAUGGACGUGGCUCGCUUCGAGCGCUUUGUGCCGCACCUCUACCCGCACUGCACCCGCCUCAUCUGCUCCGACCAGGUGGAGGUGAGGAAGGCCCUUGGCGACCUCUUCAAGGCCCGUCUCACUCCUCUUAUUCCAGGGUCUGAUGCACCUUCGCCUCCCAUGACGGCUUCCGCUUAA